CGAGCCAACACCCAAACCCCACGCCGAAACAUCGGCGCAGCGUGGACUCGCGCCCCAUUUUCCAUUCCACUUCUCCUCUCCUCUUCAUCCCCUCCGUCUCGCCGACGCCGCCGCCGUCCGCCCCCGUCUCCUGCGCUCUGUCCCGUAGCACCGCGAAUGCGAAGCCCUCGCCUCUCUUAGCCCGGCCGGGUUAAGCGAGCGGCGGCGGCCGAACACACAGCGCCGCGUCCGGAUCUCGCAUGCGCCGCCACGGCCGCCCCGCGAUCUAGCGGCGGGCGUGCUACCCCGCCGGAGGGUAAGGCUUCUGGGGGGCGGGGAGGAUAUGGCUGCGGAUGCGUCCACCUCUGCGGCGGCGGGCGCGGGGCGCGGGAGCUGGGUGGAGGGGAUGUCUGCGGACAACAUCAAGGGGCUGGUGCUUGCGCUUUCCUCCAGCUUCUUCAUAGGCGCCAGCUUCAUCGUCAAGAAGAAGGGGCUCAAGAAGGCCGCCGCGUCCGGCGUCCGUGCAGGUGUUGGUGGUUACUCCUACUUGUAUGAACCAUUAUGGUGGGCAGGAAUGAUUACAAUGAUUGUUGGAGAAGUGGCUAACUUUGCAGCGUAUGCUUUUGCUCCUGCUAUCCUGGUCACGCCACUUGGUGCACUUAGCAUCAUCAUUAGUGCUGCUCUUGCAGACAUUAUGUUGAAGGAGAAGCUACAUAUAUUUGGUAUACUUGGAUGUGUUCUUUGUGUCGUGGGUUCAACAACUAUUGUACUUCAUGCCCCUCAGGAGCGUGAAAUUGAGUCUGUAGCAGAAGUGUGGGAUCUUGCUACCGAACCAGCCUUCCUAUUUUAUGCCGCCAUCAUUCUUGCUGCAACCUUUGUGCUCAUAUACCACUUUAUCCCAAAAUAUGGUCAGACACACAUCAUGGUGUAUAUUGGUGUUUGUUCACUUGUAGGAUCUCUAUCGGUCAUGAGUGUGAAAGCUCUUGGAAUAGCCUUGAAACUGACCUUUUCUGGAAUGAACCAGCUUAUUUAUCCGCAAACAUGGGUGUUCACUAUUGUUGUUGUUGCAUGUAUAGUAACACAGGUGAACUAUUUGAACAAGGCUCUUGACACUUUCAAUACAGCAGUUGUUUCACCAAUAUACUACACGAUGUUUACAUCCCUAACCAUUUUGGCUAGCGUGAUAAUGUUCAAGUUUGACCAUAUGGUGUUGGACAAUCAACUCUUGGACCACUAUUCCAUACUGGGCCUUGGAUCCCAGUGUCAUUCCAUUUGUUUUACCUGUAAUACUGCAGACCAUGCUGAAACACUUUCUGCUGCUAAAAAUUGUAAUCGGAUUAUUUGGUGGGAAGAGCUUUUGUGCUCUCCCCAAAAGGCAAGAGCUCUAGUUUUGAAGCAGGUAGGUGGGAAUUGAGGGCCAGAUUUCUGAUCAUCAAUAUGCUUAAGAUCAGUGUAAUUUUCAUUCUAGAAGAGUACAGAAAUGGUGCUCAUUCUCACUUCAUACUCAUCAAAUGUUUUCUGUUGGAUAAAUUUGAUUUCUUAAACUGUGGGAAUUGAACUGAAAGCACCUAACAUGAUCCAUGUCAGAAUUACAUUUUUCUUAGCCUCCUAGUCUAUCCAAAUUACUAGACAAUCUUCACUUGACCUAAUCUUGCACCUAGGUAUAUUUUAUGCACAAUGCUAGUGUUCAUAUGGCAAUUGUUUUGGUUGGUAGCUCCUUCACCAGAAAGUAUUCUAGUAUGAUCCUAACAUUUACCUUUGCAAUGGACGCUCUGCCUCGCUCCCCCUCAGCACCCUCCACACCUUCAGCCUCACACCAGCGCCUCACUCGAGAUCGGCGCCCACCUCCCUGACUUUGAUUUCUCCCUUGUCAGCCACCCCCACUUCUUCCCCGCAUGAGUUGGCUCCCUCCCUCUCGCCGCUCGCCUCGCUGUUUGCACCUGCACCAGUCGGUCGCCCCAAAGGGUCUUCGAUGGAUUGACUGUAGCCCCCCUGCUCCCAAGUCUGGCGGCCUCCUAUUGGAGUAGGGCUCUCCUGCUCCGAUCUCCUUCAGCCCAUUGGACCUGUGACAGCGGUGUGUCGAGCUCCGCUGCCUGUACCCUGUCCGUUCAUUCGCUUGGUGAUCCGCCACGUCCCUACCAAGGUGCCGGGUUCGGACGCCGUUUGAUGGCAUGAGGUGGUCUCCAGACGCUUGAGGUCCAGUUGCCUUCUGCCCCCCCCCCCCUCGGGGCAGCCGCUCAAGCCUGUUUUGGAGCUUCUUCGGGGGAAAUGCUUCAAUUGCCUGGCAAUGUGCUGGCGUAUUACUCGAUGCCUUCGUUGCCUUUCCCUGGGCCACAUGGCUUUCAAGUGUACCUGACCGCACGCCCCUUCAUUGGCCUCUCUGGUGGUGGAUGGUGCUCUCCUUUCGGCCACGAUGUUGAGUUGUUUCGAUUGACAUUGUAUCUCUCCCUAGCAGGGGCUGUCUGUUGGCCCUGGUGAGGUUCUUUGUGCACCGUUGGCCUCAGUCUUUGCUGCUACGGCGAAGGAUCAUGGCGUUCGGUUUGGUCAUUGUUGACGCCACCCCCCCCCCCCCAUGUUGUCGUUCUUUCGCGUUGGCUAUUCGUGGACCUGCAAUUCCUUCUUCCCCCGGGUCUAGCCUUGAUCGGAGACUGGGCCAUCGGAGAUUGUUCGGAGUUCUAGACCCUAGCUUCUUCAUCAGCGACCACGACGGUGGGUCCCCGGACAGAAUUGUGUUUCUUGGACCGCUAUGAGCGCCUAGUUCAGGCAAAAGAGGACUUGCGACGAGCUGUUUUUGUGACGAUCAUUGGUACAAGACCAAUUACAUCGCUAGAGGUGGCUUCUGCCAUUGUUGUCAGGUUUAAUCUUGAGGCUGGCUCCCUUUCCAUUCACCGUUCUUAGCCUAAAGACUUCCUUCUAUUGCUGCCGGACGUGAACACAGCAAAGUUAGUUUGCAAUGGCAGUCGGCCUAUGCGCUUGCUGCGGUUCAAUAUGCUGGUGAAACCUUGGACGCGUCUGGCGCACGCAAACGGGAGGACUCUUCCUUUCAAGGUUUAGCUGUCUCUUCACCAAAUCCCGGCUCAUGCCUGGUAGCGGGCAUUGGCGGAGCAACUCUUGUCCUCCUGCUAUUGGAUCUAACAACUUCAUCCCUCUAUUGUAGAUCGUUUGCACCUUUCUGUGUUCCAUCUCACAGCCUGGACCAGUGACCUGACUCUAUUCCGCCAUGUAAGGAUCUCCUUGUCAGGGAGCCCGAUGGUCCUCUGGCCGCCGAGGAGUCUCUGGUUACGAAGGUCUUGGCUUACAAAAUCGAUAUCGUCCUGUUUGAGGUGUUGGAUUUUUCCUAUUCUUCGGGGUCCCCUUCAGGUAGGCCGGUUCUUUUUGUCGGGACACCUUUGGUUUUGGGCUAGAUUGCUCAAGAUGGGUUCGUGAGCUAUUUGGCAACGGGAAGUGUUCUAGAACUCCCCUUCUCGGCGUGUCGAGCCCAUGCAGGUUCAAACCGAAGAUUUGGCGCGUCGUAGGCUGGGGUUGCAGGUAGCAGGGCUUCCUGCCGAUGGGCCGGCUCUUCAAUAAAGCCAGACGCAUCACACCACGUUGUCUACAACAGCUCAUGUUGUUUUCAUCUCUACGAUAGCCAUCCCGACGUCUGGGCUUUUGCCAUAGCCCCAUAUUCAGAAGUGUCGCAAGAAAACGCUACUGCCUGACACCUCGCUGAGAAGAAGUGCUAGGAUUGUUGCUCAGCGUGGGGCUUCUUCCACAUCAACACAACCUUCUUCUCUAGUCAUCCACAAGUUGGGUCUCGUACCAGAACAUGCUCAAGUGGAUCAGGAUGCGUAGGACACUUAUGCCAAACUUUUCCUCAACACGCUAUCACGAGCAAACAUCACGACGUUAUUAGCGAUAUUUGGGUGAUCACCUCUGGAGGAUGGUCAUGCGAGAGAGGCUGAGAUUACCUCAGUUCGGGUGGAUUGCCCUUGAGUGCAUUUGGUCGCUCCUCAUUAUCUCUCGAAUGUCGUCAUCUAAAAUUCUCGUGUGGAACGUUCGCCGCCUGACAAGGCGGCACGUCGUGAUUCUGUUCGUCAUAUGGUUGCAUCGGUCCAGGUCGACAUUGUUGGGUCCGAAUUUUGAUGGGUGGCACUUUCUGCCAGCCUCCAGUACGAGAUGUGGGGUGCUUAACAUGUGGAAGGGAUGUACAAGGCUGUGGUGACCCAUUCUGAUUCUUACUCCAUCUCGGUUCAGUUCCGCGAGCAGGAUGGCCGCUGCUGGUGGUUCACCGGUGCGUACGACCCUCAGUCGUACUCAAAAAAGGUUCUCUUCCUUGAUGAGCUCAGGAGCAGUCACACACGAUGUUUCGGUCCAUGGGCCAUUGCGGGAGACUUUAAUCUAAUCCACCAGUCUGAAGACAAGAGCAAUGCGAACAUCGACCGGGCUAUGAUGGGAAGGUUUUGCAGAUUGUUGAAUGGGCUAGAGCUGAAGGAAAUAACGCUCGUUGGUUGCAGGUUUACGUGGUCUAAUGGGUGGACCUCGCCAACUUUGGUCAAACUGGAUAGGGUGUUUUGCACCACCAAUUGGCUGAUUGUCUUCUCCAAAGUUCGGCUUCGGGAAUCUCUGAUCACUGCCCUCUUA